GCGAAACUGCUGAGUUGAAGUUUUGUAGCGAUCAACACCCUCAGUCGCUCUUGCCCAAUACCCCACCGCAAAAGCAACAAAAAGUUUCUCUGCUUCUGAUAUCUUUUCUUUCGUCACUUCACAUUUCUCUCCCUCUCUGCUACUUCGUUCAAAGAGGACCUAGCUGUACUCCUACUUCCCGCUUUGGAUUUAUCACUAAGCAAUUGUUUACUGACUCAACACUUCUUUCUGUCACACCACUGAAAUCAAGUAAGUACCUUGCUCAAGCUCUCCUCCACCGCCCUGGUGAAGCUCCUCAGCACAUGUCGCAGUUGCCAACUGCUGUUCCCUUUACUUGCUUGACUUUACUUCAGCGCUUCAGCCCUUAGUCGUCGACUCGCUCUCAUUCCAUUGUUCCGAUAUCUUCCAUUCACUGACCCACCGACAGCCAUGCCUAUCGUCAAGGUGCACGCCCGCUCCGUCUAUGACUCCCGGGGUAACCCGACGGUCGAGGUCGACGUCGUGACUGAGACCGGUCUGCACCGCGCCAUUGUCCCCUCUGGUGCCUCCACCGGCCAGCACGAAGCCUGCGAGCUCCGAGAUGGUGACAAGACACACUGGGGAGGGAAAGGUGUUCUGAAAGCUGUUGACAAUGUGAACUCCAUCAUCGGGCCGAAGUUGAUUGAGAAGAACAUCGAUUGCGCAGAUCAGUCCUCGGUCGACAAGUUCCUGAUUGAGCUCGACGGAACAGAAAAUAAGACCAACCUUGGUGCCAAUGCCAUUCUGGGUGUCAGUCUUGCGGUUGCCAAAGCCGGUGCUGCUCAGAAAGGCGUCCCUCUCUACGCACAUGUCUCAGAUCUGGCAGGCACAAAGAAGCCAUAUGUGCUGCCUGUCCCAUUCAUGAACGUUCUCAAUGGAGGGUCUCAUGCAGGUGGUCGUCUCGCUUUCCAAGAAUUCAUGAUUGUCCCCGACCAAGCACCGUCGUUCAGUGAAGGUCUUCGAUGGGGUGCCGAAGUCUACCAGAAGCUGAAGGCUCUGGCAAAGAAGAAGUAUGGUCAGUCCGCUGGCAAUGUUGGUGACGAGGGUGGCGUUGCUCCAGAUAUCCAGACCGCCGAAGAAGCCUUGGACCUGAUCUCUGCUGCGAUCGAGGAAGCUGGUUACAAGGGCAAGAUGAACAUCGCUAUGGAUGUUGCUUCCAGCGAGUUCUACAAGGAGAAGGAGAACAAGUACGAUCUCGACUUCAAGAACCCCGACAGCGACCCCAGCAAGUGGAUCACUUACGAGCAACUGGCCGACAUGUACAAGUCUCUGGCGAGCAAGUAUCCGAUUGUCUCGAUCGAAGAUCCCUUUGCCGAGGACGAUUGGGAGGCGUGGAGCUACUUUUUCAAGACGUCCAACUUCCAGAUUGUCGGUGACGACCUGACUGUGACGAACCCCAAGCGCAUCAAGAGAGCCAUCGAAUCCAAGGCUUGCAAUGCUCUGUUGCUGAAGGUCAACCAAAUCGGUACCCUUACCGAAUCCAUUCAAGCCGCCAAAGAUUCCUAUGCAGCUGGUUGGGGAGUGAUGGUUUCUCAUCGUUCCGGGGAGACUGAAGACGUCACCAUUGCCGACAUAGUGGUGGGUAUCCGAGCUGGAGAGAUCAAGACUGGCGCGCCAGCACGAUCUGAACGUCUCGCCAAACUCAACCAGAUCCUGCGCAUCGAGGAAGAGUUGGGACCCAACGCCAUCUAUGCUGGCACCAACUUCCGCAAGUCUGUCACCUUGUGAGCAGGAGGAUUUCGGAGAUAACGGGAUACCAAACCGUGAGGAAGUGAUAGCGGAAAACAACUUCGUCGGAGACCAGCCUCUCAGGUAGCUUGGGUCUGGUUGUGUGUGUUCUAUGCACUUUGCAGGAAUAAAGUACGAAUUAUGCAAAUCUCAAUACAAGACGGGACAUGCGUUGUUCUCAUAAGAUGGUCUCUUUCACGCUGUAUUCACGAGGGCAACGCAGACUGAAACACC